AUGGCCGCCACUCAACCCCUUCAAGACAUGCUCAACCGCCUCCAGGAACGCUUGGCCGCCGUCGAGGCCAAGAUGGGCCUCGGCUCGCCUGCUUCCCCGCGCGCUGCGGCGGCGGCGCCGGCCAAGCCCGCGGCCGUCGCCGUGGCCCCGCGCAUCGAAGCGUACGACGAGUACACGGCAGCGUACCUCGCGCCGUUCCUCGCCGCCUGCACCAAGCUCGGCACCGAGGUCGAAAAGUACGGCGAGAUCGUCAAGCGCGCGUUCGACGCCCAGCGCACGUACCUCGUGGCGGCGAGUGUCUCGAAGAAGCCGGCGGGCCCGGUCAUGACGCUCCUCGCACCGAUCCAGGAGUGCAUGAAGGAGAUCAACAAGCUCCGCGACAACCGCAGCGAGUUUGCCAACCACCAGAACAUGCUCAACGAAGGCAUCCAGAGCCUCGGCUGGCUCUGCGUCGAGCCGGCGCCCAAGCCCUUUAUCGAGUCGUACAUUGGCGGCGGCGACUUUUGGGGCAACAAGAUUCGUGUUCAGUUCAAGACGUCCAACCCCGACCAGAUUGAGUUUGUCGCGUCCUUCAAGACGCUCCUCGUGCAGCUCAUGGCGUACGUCAAGGAGCACCACACGACGGGUGUGACCUGGAACGCCCAGGGCGGCGACGUCGCCAACUACUCGGCCGAAGCGGCUGCCCCGGCGGCGGCACCGGCCAAGCCCGCGGCCCCUGCUGCAGGUGGCAUGAACUCGAUCUUUGCGGGCAUCAAGUCGAUCGACCAGAGCGGCGGCAAGACCGCGGGUCUUCGCACGGUCACGAAGGACAUGCAGACGUGGCGCCAGGAAUACAAGAGCGGCGAUGCCCCGGCGCCCGUGGCGGCCCCGGUCAAGGCUGCGCCGGUCAAGGCGGCGCCGGCGCCGGUGGUCGAGAAGGACCCGAUCUGCGAGAUCCGCAACGGCAAUUGGUUUGUUGCGCACCAAAAGGACGUGUUUACGCUCUCGGAUGUCAACUUGAAGCAGCAAGUGUACAUCUUCAACUGCAACCAGGCGACGCUCAUCAUCGAGGGCAAGGCCAAGACGAUCGCGCUCGACAAGUGCACGAAGACCAAGCUCAUCUUUGACAGCGCGGUCUCGUCCGUCGAGAUUGUCAACUGCAAGAACGUCCAGGUGCAGUGCAAGGGCAAGGUGCCCUCGGUCGCGAUCGACAAGACGGAUGGCUGCCUCGUGUACCUCUCGUACGAAGGCCGUGAUGUCCAGCUCGUCACGUCCAAGUCGUCCGAAAUGAACGUCGCCUUUCCGGUCGCCGAGGGUUCGGAAGAGUACAUUGAGCGCCCGAUCCCCGAGCAGUUCGUACACCGCAUCACGGCCAACGACACGGUCGCGUCGGACGUCUCGGACCUCUACUCGCACUAA